AUGUGCACCGAAAGCAUUUCCAAGUGUGGCAACUGCGGAUUCUCGCGACACAUUGACUGGAUGCGCUGCGAAGAGCACAUCUACGCCCUCGCAGCCGCCAUCGAGAAGUUAAAGACGCCACCCCACCCCUCGGACUGCGAGCACUGCACGCGCCCCGUGGUCACCAUGUGGCUAACGCCCCGGGCAUGCCCGACGAGCAACGAAGGCUGCGGCGGACUCAGAACCGCAGCGACUCCGGAGAACGGAGGCGAAACCACCCAGGAGAAGGGCGCUGCAGAGCACAUGGGAAAUGGGGAUGAUGCAGCCGGAUCAACCGAGCCAGCGGAGAAUGGAGCGAGGACGCAAGGUGCAGAGCAGGCCAGACCCGCCAUCACGUUCAGCGCGUCAGAGAACAGAGAUUCCGCCAUCUCGAUUAGUUCGUCCAUCAGUUGCGUAGACUUCACUACAGGUCCAGCUCCGACCGAACUACGCUUUAGUCGGCAGCCCGUUGGCAAUGCCAGGAAGCCCCAGGCCAGUUCCAUCGGCUACCAUCUCGAGUACGACCUCAGCCUGGUGAGAAAGGCGUUGAGGACAGCAGCCGCCUCCAGCUCUUCGGCGAGGCGCAUUCCUCCUGACGUUAUCAUGGUCCCAGAUAAGAGGAUUCGCUACACCUCGAAUGCGACGUACGUCAUACAAUGGAAUAUUGAAGGCUUAGCGACGGAAGAAUAG